GCUCGCGCGCAUUUACUAAUGUCACUUGUCAAAGUUGUUUACGGUUAGGUUAAUAAUUUUCUAAAGAAAUUACAUUAUUAAAUUAAAUUAAGUGAAAGAUAACAGAACUAAUUUCACAAUGGUUACUAAAAAGGAACCUUCUCUUUAAUCAUCUAAAAUACAGCCAACUUGAUUUUGAUUCAAGUGUCAAAAAGUACGCGAAUAUUUCAACGUAGGAUAUUUACAUAAUGUUCCCACACAAUGUAUGAAGAUGAUAAUAUAACUUCUACUCCAAAACGAUGCGUGCUCACUGAAGUCACCAAUUCGUCAAACUAUGUCUCCCCAACAGCAAAUUUAAAAUUGUUGACUAAUGUGGCCUUGCAUUAUCCCACGCCGCCGCCGAGCACAGUACACCGCAAAGAAAAAUCUUUGCAAAUAUUAUGCGACAAAUUCCUGGAUCUAUAUCCAUUGCAUGGAAAUGGUCCAGUUGAGCUACAACUAGAUAGUACAGCAGCUCGACUGGGGGUGGAGAAGCGGCGUAUGUACGACAUAAUAAAUAUUUUAGAAGCUAUGCAAUGUGCAGUCCACAAGAGAAAAAAUACAUAUCUAUGGCAUGGUGCGUCAAGAUUGAAUUCAUUUUUAAAGAUGUUAAAAAAGCAAGGAGAAAAUUUAAGACUGUCUGAAGUACUCCGGGGGAGGGCGCCAAAGCCACCAGCCCCCAAGCACAAGACUCUUGGAGUAUUAGCACAAAGAUUUCUCAUGCUCUUUUUAGUGGAGCCUCCUAACAGACUGAUUAAUUUAGAAAUGGCUGUAAGUGUACUCAUAGACACAAACUCUAAAUGUAAGUCAACAUUAUCACCAGAGCAAAUGGAUCGUCAACACAAAUCCAAAGUGAGGAGGCUCUAUGAUAUAGCCAAUGUACUGAUUUCAAUUGGUCUCAUAGAAAAGGUGUAUGGUAAUUCAAUAUUAAAGAAACCAGUGUUUAAGUAUGUGGGGGUUAGAACAAAAAAGCUUGAUAAAGCGGAUUUGUUUACACCAUCUCCUGUGACACCGGUGACAGUGUUGCAUGGGUCACAACAGCUCACACCGUGCCAUGUGUUUGCUGGCAAGUCCAAACGUAAGUUAGAGUUCACCACUCCCACCACUAGCACGGAUAAGCUAGGUGUGACCACUCCUCCACACACACCAUCACACAAAUGGGAUGAAAUUUUACUUGUAGCCGAUAUGGAGUUAAGUAGAAUUAAUAAUGGAGUAACUUUGUAAAUCCUUGAUAAUUGUUAUCUUUAAUAUUAUGAUAUUUUUAUAUUUAUUAUUUAUAAGAGGUUGCAAAAAAGAUUGACAAGUAUGAGACAAAUAACAAUGAACUUGCCAAAUCUUACAUUUUUGGUAAAUAUCAAAUUCUAUGAAUUUUUAAAUAUUACAAUAUCCUAACAAUCCUUUUAAUAUGUAAUUAUUAUGAAUUAAUAAUAAUAUUUAAGUGCCUUCCUAACUUUAUCUAAAAUUAUGUAUACAUCAUAACAAUAAAAAGUAUGUAGGAAUGAACUGGUCUUCCAUGAAAUAUUUUAUAUACAGAAAAUGAACUUAUUAAUGUUUUAUAAAAACUAAACUGUUCUCUUUGUUGAAAAUUUUAUUAAAGUGUUACUAAUAGAAA